AUGCCGUCAACACCCUCGGUAUCAAAUCAUGCUAGUCGCCGCCGUGUGCAAACUGAACCACAUAUUGCAGCAGCCAUAGUCCGGCAUAUGGCCGAAAACCCGAGCUCGCGCAACAGAAACGCAAACAAGCUGACAGGUAGCAAAACUACUAGACUCUUAAGGCCAGAUUCGUUAUACGUUGACGCCGUGGUCAGUAGCUAUGCAGUGUUAGAAGAAGGCAGCCACGGGCUACUUAUGGGAAGAGGCCCUUCUGUUUCUGGUAACAGAGACGAAAUUAACCUCGAUUCCAACUAUGCUGAGGUGGUUUCAUCUACCACGAGUAAUAUAAAAAGCUCGGAACUACUGCGGAAACAGGGAUCCGCAAGGACAGAGGUAUACACGAGCCCUGAUAUAUCCCCUCUAACCCGAUCUGCACUGGAGGUUACACGUGGACAUUCUCUUUCUGUAGAACUCGCUUCGUCUGGAAAUGACAGUCGUAUCAGCUCUUCUGGUGGUGAGAAUCAGCCUAAUACCCAGUACGUAGAUGUUGUUUCACCGGAAAGAAGCCAUCCUAUAUCAAAAUCACAUUCCCGGCCGAGAGCAAUAUUGUCCAAAGCGCAAACAUUGCCCGAAUCUUCAUCAGCAGCAAACGACAGUGUGUACGUCAAUGAUGUCCCGUCCAGUGCGCGCGCUCAGGCGCAAAUAUCUGAGAACGUAGCGCCACUGCCGAGAGACUAUGCCGCUCCACGCAUGCGACCAAAAUCUACGCCACACAAUAGGGUGGAAAAGCCAGACAACAACUAUGUGUCUGUCGUCCCUUCACCUUAUGCGAGUGUCAGUGGAUCUGGUGCGAGUGUACAGCGCUCUGCUACAAUCCCAAGCCGACCUGUAGACACUUCUCCACACGGCAGUGAGUACGUAGACGUUGUUUCAGUCACAACAAAACACCGCGGGUGGUCACCGUCGACGGUGCAAGUGUUAAACGGUAAACCCGAUUAG